CCUUUUAAAAGGCUGUCCGACUCGACCCUUCUCCUCUCCGUCGCAUUUCCCGUCCGGUCUUUCCGUUACCCGGCGGCUUUAAACCCUAGUUCCCAUUCCAUCUUCGUUUCCGCUCCGCCGCCGUCGAUGGAGUUCUGGGGUCUCGAGGUCAAACCUGGAUCCACUGUCAAGUGUGAGCCUGGACAUGGCUUUAUCCUGCACGUUUCCCAGGCUGCCCUUGGGGAAUCAAAGAAAAGUGACAGUGCCUUAAUGUAUGUCAAAGUUGAUGACAAGAAGCUUGCCAUUGGAACGCUCUCUAUCGACAAAUACCCACAGAUACAAUUCGAUUUGGUUUUCAAUAAAGAGUUUGAGCUGUCACACACAUCGAAAACUACCAGUGUAUUUUUCUCUGGUUACAAGGUUGAGCAGCCAAUUGAGGGAGAUGAAAUGGAUCUUGAUUCUGAGGAUGAAGAGGAGGAGCUAAACAUUCCAGUAAUCAAGGAAAAUGCUGAUGGGAAGGAGGAGCAGAAAAAUCAAGAGAAGGCAGUAGCUGCUACAGCUUCAAAAUCAAGUCUUGGCCUUGAAAAGAAAAGCAAGGAUGACUCUGAUGAUUCUGAUGAGGAUGAGUCUGAUGAUUCUGAUGAGGAUGAUUCUGAUGAUUCUGAUGAAGGCGAGGGAUUAUCUCCUGACGAAGGCGAUGAUGAUUCAAGUGAUGAGGAUGAUACCAGUGAUGAUGACGAGGAAGAAACCCCAACUCCUAAAAAGCCAGAGGCAGGCAAGAAGAGAGGUGCUGAAAAUGCUCUGAAAACGCCUCUUUCUGAUAAGAAAGCAAAGGUUGCCACACCGCCAGCCCAGAAAACAGGUGGCAAGAAGGGUGCCACCCAUGUGGCAACUCCACACCCAGCAAAAGGCAAGACCCCUGCAAACAAUGACAAAUCAACGGAGAAGUCUCCAAAAUCUGGUGGGUCAGUCCCUUGCAAAUCAUGCAGCAAGACAUUCAAUAGUGAGAUGGCUCUGCAGGCUCACUCCAAGGCGAAGCAUGGGGCCAAAUGAGUUGCAGGUCCAACUGAGUCCAUGAAGGAGAAGCAUGGUGGCCAAGUGAGUCGAAGGUCCAUUCGAGUCCAUGAAGGUGAAGCAUGGGAGAUCCAAGCGAGUCUGGAAAGAUUGUCGAUGUUAGUAGGCUGUCCUUAUUUUGUUUAGAGACUUGUGGCUAUGUGAUUGAUGUAGCGAAACAAGGCUGUGAUGUGUUAACUCUGCCUUAUAAUAUUUUGGUUGAACGUGCUCGAUUGUUGUGCUUUGAA